AUGAGUGGUAAUCUAUCUUCGCAUAGUAUCCUUGACACCAACAAGCUUACUGGGCUGAACUUUCUUGAUUGGCUUCGUAAUGUGAGAAUUGUUCUCAAACAAGAAAAUAACCUUUAUGGACUAGACACACCUCCACUGUGUCUCCCUGUCGUAGAUGCAUCCAAGGAGGUGGUGCAAGAGUGCAAAAACUGUCAAGAAGAUGAUGACCAAGUUGUUUGUAUGAUGUUAGGAAGUAUGACUUCUGAAAUAGAAAGACAACAUGAGAAUAUAGAUGCUCAGACUAUCAUCUUACAUUUGAAAAAAAUGUUUAAUGAGCAGUCAAGGACUAAAAGGUGUGAGACCUCAAAGGAAAUGUUCUGA